GGGGAUUUGUAGAUUGAAAGAAAUCAAUGGUGAUUGAUAGCCAGCGAUGAAGAGAACGAAGCUUUCUGAAAAGAGCUUUAAUGGCAAUAUGUCGAUAUUCCUUCUUCAUCGGUAAUCCCCCGUUACAGCAAGUCCUAGCGAAUCCCACUUUCUUCCUCCCUCCUAAAUCCAACAACUUUAUCCAACUGCCACUCACUGUUCCGAAUCGCAUCCGUACGUCUGUAAACUCUGCUUCUCCGUCGUCAUCCAUGGAAGCUCCUCCCGCUGGGUACAGAAAAAACGUCGGUAUUUGUCUCAUCAAUUCCUCCAAAAAGAUUUUUUCAGCAUCAAGGCUCGAUAUACCAGACUCAUGGCAGAUGCCUCAGGGUGGUGUUGAUGAAGGUGAAGAUCCAAGAGUUGCAGCCAUCAGGGAAUUAAGAGAAGAAACAGGUGUUACAUCGGCAGAAAUUCUUAUGGAGGCUCCACACUGGUUGACAUACGAUUUUCCUCCACAAGUCAAGGAAAAGCUCAAUCGCCAAUGGGGUACCGACUGGAAGGGUCAGGCACAAAAGUGGUUCCUUUUUAAGUUCACCGGAAAAGAUGAAGAAAUUAACCUAUUGGGCGAUGGCAGUGAGAAGGCCGAGUUUGGAGAAUGGUCUUGGAUGUCGCCCGAACAAGUGAUUGAUCGGGCUGUGAAUUUCAAGAAACCUGUUUACAAAGAAAUCAUUAGUGUGUUCUCUUCACAUCUUCAGUAAGAAUUUGUUGAUCUUGCAUUUAUACUCAUAUUUGGGGAUGGAUACUGAUUUUUAACAUGUUUUUAAGGGUCUUCAUGAAAACUACUACUCUACUCUUUGAAACAAAUGUCAGAAACGUCUGUGUACAUCUCACCUCCAGACGUUGCCUUUAGAUAAGACAUACUGGGUCCGUUUGUUAUGGUUAUACUUAUUAUGGUCAAGGCACAAAUUUUUUUUAUCAACUUGUGUGGGGAUGUGGUUGUUCUGAAGGCUCAAAUUACCGUUCAACGAAUAUUUUGUGAACUGAUUGGUGGGGAGUUUGUUUAUUUAAUAAAUGAAUGAAUAUGAA